CCAACCUGGGAAUUUUUUGCCCAGAUUCAAGGAAUAUGUCAGCGUUCAAGACUACUCGAUCCACCUUCUUUGGAAACGGAGGCUCAAUCUUCUUCCUCCAUCUUUGCGCCUCGGGUAGUUUGUCCAUUCGAAGGGACUUACUUCUUCGAUGUUCAGGAUGAACAGCUGUCUGAUGUAGCACAUUGUUUAACCAAACUUUUAGGUCAUCCAUGGCAACGAUCAAAUCAAUAUGCCAGCACAUUAGAUGGCAAUCUUUUGGAUCUUAUAUCAUCUUUGGAUACCUCUAUCCCAGUUGACAGUCCUACGUCUGCAUUCUCAUCUACACCAUCUAAUAUUGCUGGGGGGGUUUCAUCUUCACCCCCAAAGGGCUGUGAUUCACGCUCUUCUCUACAGUCUUCAGUUUACGGGCAUAGAAAUCAAACCCUAUUAGUGGGUACCAUUCCAACUGGACUGGCAGAUUCUGUAGACCAUCUUCCCAGCUAUUCCUCUGUGCAUCUACCUACAGAAACCUCCGAGUUAGCAACUGAUUCAAAAACAGGGAAUACUUUAGCUCGGAAUUCUCUACUCGAAUUAGGGCCAGCGUCAAUUCGUUAUCCAUGGCCUAUUGCCAUCUCUACUGAUGAUUCGAAUUCAGUCUCUGGUAUACAAAUGAAUACUGAUAACCAAAUGCGUUCGGAGCAGGCUCAGCAUGAAGAUCCCUGGGUUAAGAGGUCAAGUCCAGGAAGAGUGCCAGUAACCAGUCCGUUGUCCUCCGAACAUCAUCUUUAA